CUAAAACAUCUCUCUCUCUCUCCCUUUCCUUUACCUUUUUGCCAGCUACUCUAUGCUCCAUUUCUAGUAGUGGUUUCGGAUGCUCAAAUUCUACCUCCGGCGCCAACUCCGACCACAAUCGGAUGCUUUUCUCUGCCCGGAGCUAAUUAAUCCCAUACCCUUUUAAAUUGACGUCCCGAUUAUCACUUUAAUCUGGCCUCCUGAGGCGACCGCGGGAGGGGAUUGUUUGUUUUGGCUUGGAGAAGAAGCUGUUACUGUUAGGGUUUUAAUACUUGUCGCAGCUUGAACUUUCCACUUUAUGCAGAAGGGUUGUGAGGAAGUUAAGUUAAGCAGCUUUGAUGAGAUCAAUGAGCUUCAUUCAAAUCAAAACAAACGCAAUUCCCUCUUAUCAUCUGGGAAAUCAAUGACAGAGAUACAGAAGACUCAUGCUGAUGAUACUCAGGUUUCACAUUCCAGUCCAGAUCAAAAUCUAUUGUCCGUGAAAACAGAAAAUACUCCAGAUAAUUUUCAGGAUGUGGAUGGGUUAGAUGACAGAAAAAGGGAUAAUACGGUUCAACGCGAUGAAGAAAGAACUGCUGUUUCUACACCUAAGAAAGAACUGCAUGGGCAUAAUCCAUAUAAUUCAGAGGAAGAGGAUUCAGUGAUUUCCAUGCAAAAUCAGUCUGCAUUAGGUAAAAAGGAGAGCUUAGCUAUCCAGGUACAUGCAGGUGAACCUCAAGUCUUGCAGUUUGAACAAAUCCCAAAGACUCCAUCAAAAAAAACUGAUAAAGCAUUAGAAGAUGGAUACAAUUGGCGAAAAUAUGGGCAGAAGCUUGUUAAAGGCAAUGAGUUUGUUCGAAGCUAUUACAGAUGUACCUUUCCUAAUUGCUCUAUGAAGCGACAAGUGGAGCGGUCACAUGUUGGACCAAUUACUGAUAUUGUUUAUCUAGGUCAGCACCAUCAUCCUAAACCUCAAGAAAGUUCUCAACUCUCAAUCUGCUCUGUCCUGCCCAUCCAACAAAAGAAAGCAGACGAGCCUUCUUUGGCUUCUGGAAAUGACAAUGAAGUCAUUGAUGCAAAGGGACCCACAUCACAUACUGAGCAAAUUGAGAUCCCCAUUGCAUCAAGUAAUAGUGCUACUGAAGGUAGAGUUUCACAAUCCUGUAAAACAAGCCAUGAGGAUGGUGAUCAGAAAGUGAAGAAACAGAAAAAAGAUGCUGGUAACACCAAUGAGGCUCCACUAGACAAGUCAAAUGGUGAAUCAAAGAUCAUUGUUCAGGCACAGAGUGAGGUUGACAUGGUAAACGAUGGCUACAGGUGGCGCAAAUACGGACAAAAAAUGGUUAAAGGAAAUACAAAUCCAAGGAGCUAUUACAGGUGCACAAAUGUGUGCUGCCCGGUUAAGAAACAUGUGGAAAGAGAUUCAGCUGAUCAUAAAACCGUGAUUACUACAUAUGAAGGACAACACAAUCACGAAAUUCCUCCAGGUAGAAUAGUUAGCCCCAACUCGGCUGGAUCAAGUGCUAAUAGAGCAUCAUCAUCUGUUAACGACCCUCCUAGACCGAAGGAAAACAAAUCAUCUCUUGACAUAGUUGUUCAUAUUAGUGCAAGCACCUGAUGCAGAACUCAUUCCCAAAUCAAUUGUUGUGUCUGAGAUGAAAUGGGUUAGUGCUCUCAUGAUAACUCUUUCUGCAUUUGGCUUUAUUUGAUUUAUUAGAGGAUCUCGAAUUUGCUUCAAUUAGUUAGUGGUAUAACCUCUAAUUAAGACUGCAUCUCUCCCUAAUUGGAAUAUAACCAGGGAGAACUUCAUUGUGUGUAAUGGUACCAUAUAUGUAAUGAAGAAAUAAGAAAACAAGGCUAUGCACCUACUCUACUCUUAUUUAUACCAAUUGAUUGUAAUUUAACAAUGCUUCUAUUGGGAAUCAUCUACUUCUA